CUUGGUAGAAAUUAUUGCAUCUUCUUGGAAGGAUCCAUGAUGAUGUUCAUGUCUUAUAUAAAGGUCCGGAGACAGCAUUAUUGGAAGAGCCAAAAAGCCGUCUGUGUUCGAAUGGCAAAUCAUCUUGCUAUGGAAAACCUUAGCCAAAACAACCAUCAAAAUAGCGUCGAAAAGGUCUCGGUGGCCGUGGUCAUGGUGCCGCUUCCAGCACAAGGCCAUCUCAACCAGCUCCUCCACCUCUCCCGCCUCAUCUCCGCCUACAACAUACCGGUCCAUUUCGUCGGCACCACCACGCACAACCGCCAGGCCAAGCUUCGGAUCCACGGCUGGGACCCAUCAGCCAUCACAAACAUCUAUUUCCAUGACUUCCCAACACCUCAUUUCAGCAACCCCCUUCCAGACCCCAACGCGGCCAUCAAAUUUCCCACACAGAUCCUCCCAUUGCUGCGCGCCUCGACACUCCUCCGUCAGCCUGUUUAUGAUCUAGUGCAAAGAAUUUCUGCCACGGUUGGAAGAGUAGUCGUGGUUUAUGAUUCUAUGAUGCCUUAUGUUGUGCAAGAUAUUUGCUCCAUUCCAAACGCUGAAUCCUAUUGUUUCCAAAGCAUAUCAGCAUUUUCUUUGUACUCAUUCUACUGGGAAGCCACUGGAAAACCAGUUCUACCAACUGAAGCCAAGCUCGUCGAAGAAGUUCCAUCCAUGGAAGGCUGCUUUCCACCUGAGUUUGCAGAGAUAUCAAAAUUGCAACUAAACGCUCGAAAAUUCAACUCCGGAGACCUUUACAACACAUCUCGUGUAAUCGAAGGCUUGUACGUCGACUUGAUGGCGAAAGAAAAGACUACUGGAACUGAGAGAAACUGGGCUUUGGGACCAUUCAAUCCAGUUUCAAAACCUCAGAGAAAGGAAACGGAUAACCGUGGCGCAUGCAUGGAAUGGCUUGACAAACAGGAGCUGAAUUCUGUGAUAUUCGUCUCUUUUGGAACCACAUCUUCUUUAUCCAAUGAGCAAAUUUCUGAGCUAGCUCUCGGCCUGGAAAGAAGCGAGCAGAAGUUCAUAUGGGUGCUGAGGGAUGCAGAUAAAGGAGAUGUUUUCCAAGGGGAAGUUAGAAGAGCUCCACUGCCCGAAAAAUACGAAGAAAGAGUAGAAGGAAGAGGGGUGAUAGUGAGGGACUGGGCACCGCAGCUGGAGAUUCUAGGCCACCCGUCUACGGGUGGCUUCAUCAGUCACUGCGGGUGGAAUUCUUGCAUAGAGAGCAUCAGCAUGGGCGUGCCUAUAGCAGCUUGGCCGAUGCAUUCAGACCAGCCCAGGAACGCUGUCCUAAUAACAAAGGUGCUCAGAAUUGGCGUGGAAAUUAAGGAUUGGUCUCGACGAGAUGAAGUAGUAUCGUCAACUACAGUAGAGAAGAGUGUGAGGAGAUUGAUGGCAUCAGGAGAGGGAGAUGAGAUUAGGAGAAGAGCAGAAGAAUUAGGGGAUGCUGUUAGGAAGUGUGUGAUGAAAGGAGGGAUUACAAACAUGGAGAUGGAUGAUUUUAUUGCCCAUAUUAGUAGAUGAAAUUUCUCCAUCACAAACAUUUUGUGAUUGUGUAAAAGCUAUAAAUAUGAAUCAAAUUCAAGUCAUUGACUGGAAAUUGAGGGAAUAUAUUUUGAUUUCUCAGCCAUUUCUGAUUCUUCU